AUGCUGCUGAGGCUGAUGCUCGCCCUCCUGUGGAGCCCCGCCUGCUGGGCAGCACAGAUAUACGGGACUGGAGGAGGCAAGUACUUCAGCACGUCCAGAAACCCUGAAUAUGAGAUCACCGGAGUCCGGGUGACCAGAGGCGCCCUGGGCAUCCUGCGGAGUAUCCAGGUGAAAUACGGACCCUCCUGGGACACCGUGUACGGCAACAAGUUACCCGGAGACACGCAGGAGUUCAUCCUCUCUCCGGGGGAGCACAUCAUACAGAUCUGGGGCUCCUACAAAACCUUUCUCCGGUCCCUGACCCUGUACACGGAUAAAGGCCGCUUUGCCACAUUUGGGAGAGACGAUGGUGCAUCUACCUUCAUCGUCUACCCCAACAAGGAGUGGGAGGUGCUCAAGGUCGUCUGUGGCCAGUAUAAGCUUUUAGGCCUCACGGGCCUCUGCUUUGAGUGGGCUGUUACCUUGGGGUUUCAGGUGAAGAGCGGGCCUAAUGACUCGCUCAUCCCCAGGGCUCCACUUGCCGCCGCCGGGCUCACCCACGGGCCUCCUGGAGACCACAAGCGCAAAUGCUGUUAG